UACCUAAAAAGACUCUUAAGAAGAUGAAGGUCUCGAAGGUAAGCAUGUCCGAUCUCGAGGAUUCUAACAUUAAUCCCCUUCUAAGUAUAAGAGUAUUAAAAAAGCGCGUACCUAGACCCGAUGCUACUAGAAGCAGUAGAAGAGCUACUAGAGGAAAGACAGUUCCUAUUAGUAGAGAAUUGACUAGAAAAAAGACCGUCUCUACUAGCAAGCAAUUACUAAAGGUCCUACCUAAGAAGCAAGCACCUAAGAAGCAAGUACCUAAGAAGAACGUAGCUAAAUCGUCUAAGGGAAACAUGCUCGGCGACAAGGCUCUAAGAUUCGUCCUAUUAACUAACACUAAGAAGGGCGGAACAAAUGCCCUUUCUAAAAUUAAGCACUACUAG